UCAAUUACAAUGGCGAAAGUAAAGAAACAUUAUAAACUCUUUUUUUCUGCAAAUUACAAUCCACGGAAUGUCAGCCGAUGGACUCGAAACAGAUGGGCCAAGAUUCUGCUUAAACACAAUGAAACAUUAAAAUUGAGAGCUUCGAUGAAAUCUGGUGUUUCUACAAACGAUGAAAUGAAUGCAAAUUUGAUUACAAAUUCAAAUGAUCACAAUAUCAUUGAACAAUAUGACAAUGCUAUGGACGAUCAAAACUGUCAUGAAAUUAACGAAAAUAGCGUUGAAGAGAUAAAUGAAAGUCUUGAUUAUAGCGAAAAUCAUUGUAGAGUAGUAUUCGAUUCGGAUGACGAUGAUAGCGACAGUGAUGAAGAAUUCUUGAAUGGUGAUGUCGAAAAUCCGAAGGACUCGAAUAAACACGUUGUUGAUGAUCGGACUAUGUUUCCUUCAUCUGGAUGUACAGUAACCGAAGUGAUUACGAUGUUAAAUGCAUUCAUAAUCAAAUUUAAUCCAACAAAAAAAUUACAAGAUGCUCUUAUUGAACUUGUUAAAGUACUUGCCGGGGAGCAAUUCAAGACGUGGAAUUACAACUCGUAUCGUAUUAAAAAACAACUAAAUCCUUCUCCGGGGGGGUGUACAAAACAUUUUUAUUGUGAAAAAUGUAAUGAGGUUUUAUUAUCAAUAGAAUCUUCAAAAAAAAUUGACUGCACCGUUGAAUGCUCCUCGUGUGGCGAUGAAAUAGUUUUAUGUCACCGAUCCAAAAACUUCAUUACCCUCAAAGUUAAGAAUCAAUUAGAAACGUUACUUAAUAGACCCGAUAUUCAAGAGCAUAUGCGAAACUUUGUCGAAGAAAGAGAAACUUAUUUAGAAGAUGGUAUAACUGAUGUUCAAGAUUCCCUCAAGUACAAACAGUUACAAAUGGCGCAUCCAGGAGCAUUAACGUUUAAUUUUAAUACUGAUGGAGCACAGCUCUUUAAUAGUUCUAAAAAAAGUCUUUGGCCUUUACAACUGUAUAUAAAUGAGCUACCUCCGGAAAUCAGAUUCAAACAUAUAAUUAUUGCUGCCUUAAUGGAAACAGAGUCAGAGCCUACCGCUAAAUUAAUGAACUUGUACAUGAAAGAAUUGGUAGAGGAGAUGCAGCAGCUACGCGAAGAAGGUGUUCAAAUUAUAAAUAGUUUAUCUGGUGAAGUUGAGUAUGUAUCAAUCAUGCCGUUUACAGGAAAUGUUGAUACAGUUGCCCGACCAAAACUGCAAAAUCGUAUUCAAUUUAACGGAGCAUACGGCUGCAGCUGGUGCUACCAUCCCGGAAUCUGGAUCGAUGGAUCAAUGCGAUACGUUUUGCAAAAUGAAGAUGCGCCGUUAAGAUCACACGUCGAACAUGUAAGUGACAUGAAAUUUGCUUUGGAAUCAAAUAAGUCAAUCAGGGGCGUCAAAGGUGAAUCGAUAUUACUUUCACUUAGCAAUUUCGAUAUUGUGUGGGACUUGCCCCCGGACUACAUGCACGGAACGCUGCUAGGAGUUACAAAGCAACUACUUAACAAGUGGCUGAGCAUUUUUUUAAAAAAAAAAGAAUUAGAAAAAAUUAAAACGCGAAUGCUCAAUAUUAAACUCUGCCGUGACAUCAGAAGGUCAAUACGUCCACUAGAGUUCUCUGGAAAGUACAAGGCCACAGAAUGGCGAAAUUGGCUGUUAUUUGUAAGUUUGCCUGCAUUGAAAGAUAUUUUACCACCAGAAGAAUUUUUAUCGUACUGCUAUUUAGUUGAUAGUAUAUAUAGAUUAUUAAAAGCACCUAUUACUCCUGAAGAUUUACGAAGAGUAGAAUACAACUUAUUAAAAUUUGUUGGAGAAAGCGAGAUGAACUAUGGUCGUGGUUUUGUAACUUUCAAUUUACACUCCUUAAAUCAUUUGUACCAUGCUGUGCAACAAACUGGACCGCUAUGGGCGACUUCAGCUUUUCCGUUUGAAAACGGAAUAUAUCUGUUCAUGAAAGAAAUAAACGCUCCAAAUGGCUGUUUACAACACUGA